CGUUCGUUUGGGUAUCAGUACCUCAGCUGUAUAAAAAUUAAAAUUGUGGCAAAUUUAAUUUGGAAGGGAAAAAUGUCUCGGCAAAGCUACACUGCAGUUGAAAACUUGGCCCGAUCAUUCAAGACACGCUUUGAUGCCCUUGAUUGUCCUUACGUGGAUGGGGUAGAUGAAACCUGGAUCUCUGAGCUUCUUUACCAACCAGGGGAAGCAAGGAUAAGAUUACUUCAAUGGCUUCUAUCUAGGUAUGAUGUGAAAUUUGCAGAGCUCCUUGACAACCAGUACUGGACAAGUGAAGCUAAAAUGGACAGCAGAAUACAAGCCAUGACUAAAUUGUGUUCUUGUCUUGGACUCUGUAGACCAGGGGAUGUCGAUCUUGUAAGGGGAGUGUCUACAUCAAAAUCCAAACAGGCUGCAUUCUGGGAUAAGUUACUUGACAUUGUAACCAUAAGUGAUGCAUCAGAAGAAACACAUAGAGAUGUCAUGUCUAGUCCAGGGAUUGUCAGUGAGAGUUUGCCAUUAUGGGAGCAGUUUUGCCAUGACUGUCAAUUCAUAUCAUCUCUUGCCCAUGGAAGAGAUCUGCAGGAAGCCCUAUCACCUAAGAUGACUCUAUUCCCUCCAGAUAUCACACGUACUCUCGCUAAGAGAGCAGCCGACGAUCAACACAGAGUGGCCCCACCCAGCAUUGAUUCCCUGUUAGAAACAAGCACACACCUGUCUAUGGAACUACAACAAGCAAAUCAGCAUCUCAAGGACCUUCAGAAAGCAUAUCCUUAUCCCACACCUGACCCUAAGGCAUCAGACAAGGUUUGUCAGACUAUGAAGUUGGUUCUGUCAGAGCUGGUACAGCUAGUGACAAGUUUCAUCUUCAUGUUCGAAAGUGAGAUGCGUCAGUUUUGCAACAAGGCUCCACCCAAACUCACUCAAUUAGGACCAGCCAUCAAGAGAGUACACACUCUGCUUCAGCAGUUCUCAGGACUCCUGACAAGCCUGCAGUCAAUGCACACAUCAUACUACAGUAUUGUUAAUACCAAGGGGAUCCAAUCAGAGGAUAGUCAUCCUGCAGAUCUUAUGGCAUCAGUAAGCCGCUCAGCCCUGAAGUCUUAUGGUGAGUUUGUAACUAUAAUGGAAGACUCGAUACAUCGACAGCAUGAUACUUGGUCAGAAAGUAAAGUCCUCGCUGAUUCAUUUCGAUGAACAGUUGCUAUUAAGUGCUACUAAUACAACACACAAUUCUCUAAAGCAAUCUAAUGAUUGGUUGUCGAUCAUGUUACCUCUGAUCUCAUAGAGGAAUAGCUUUCGAUUGUGUCUUUGUACAAAUGACUCCAGAUGCCAUACUUUAAGUUAGAUGUCAGAUGAGACUGCAGCAACGGUGAUUUGCCAUGAUUGAUGAGAACAUUUUCAUUAUCUCUUUUUGAGCUAACCAGUAUCCCUAACACUUACAUUCAUCAUUCUACUGAUAGUGUUGAAGGCGUGAAAUAACAUGAAAGUUUGACUUUCUUGAGUGAGGUAUGAUGUGUGGCCUGUGUGAAUUGGUACUGCUGAAAACUCUACUUUGAUUCAUAGAAUGUAAGUCUAAUGUAUAAAACUGUAUUAAUGCCAAACUGGAAUAAGAUACCCCAGUCAUUCUUGUAGACAGGGGUGGUGCCAUAGUGGCCAACUACUUCCUCCUUUAUCAAGAAAAUGGAAAAGGGGGCAUGAGGAAAAAAGAGAGAAGAGGGAUAUAGUGUAAAAAGAGAGCUGGAUCAUGGAACUGUUUAUAUGAUUUUUUUCAUGGAGAAUGGAAAAGGAUUAAGUCAUUUUUGCCACUUUCCUUAUGAAAACACCCUGGCCCACUCUAUAUUGCAAUCAUUCCUCAGAAGUCAUUUAAUGAGUUAAUCUAUAUGAAGUGUCAAUACAACAACCUGAAUUGUUGGUUUUAACCGAGACUGAAGGCACCACUUCGUAACCAAGGUGAAGUUUUUGAAAUGUUAUCAGAAGUUAAAAUGUACUUGGACCUAUUUCAUGGAACCUGGACAUAAGGGUAAUCAAAUAUUACUGAACAUCCUGCCUGAGUUUCAGGUCACAUGACCAAGGUCAAAGGUCAUUUAG